AUGACGCCCAUAUGCCCUGGUUCUGCGAGGCUCACUCUUCCGAAUGUUCUCAGAACGCUUUUGAAUGCGCCAGGUGCGCCGCAGCUCCGCACGCCGUCAGUGCAAUUCGCGAACCCACUGUCUCUGCCUCGCCACUGCGUUCGAAGUAUGAUAACCAUUGGCGAAAUUCCCAUCACAACUCCCGCGCCGCCUCAAUCGCCGAAGCCGACCGAAGAUGAAUCCUCAGCUGUCGUUGAUACUUCCGGCGCUCCCAUCAAACACUCCUCGAAAGAUGCGCUCAAGACGGCGAAGGCAGCAGAAUCACAUUCAUCGCUGCGGGCGAAAGCUAAAGCAGUAAAAGUUCUCGAACGACAGAAACCCAAUCGAAAAGAUCAGAAAAGAGUUACGAUCACGACCGGGUUACCCUCUCAAAAGAAGAAGCUCGAGGACUGGCAAAUCCAAAAAGAGGCCUUGAAGAAGAAAUUUCCAACUGGAUGGAGUCCCCAAAAGAAGCUCUCGCCUGAUGCUAUGGAAGGAAUACGCCAUCUACAUGCGAUGUCGCCAGACAAAUUCACAACUGCUGUUCUUGCGGAGGAGUUCAGGGUCUCUCCAGAAAGUAUUCGCAGAAUCCUCAAGAGCAAGUGGCGCCCCAGCGCGACGGAAAUGGAGGACCGGCGCAAGCGGUGGGAAAAGCGACAUGAUCGCAUCUGGGGUCAUCUUUCUGAGCUGGGUCUCCGGCCGCAGACAGAGCAGACGGCGCAUCUUAGCGACACGCAGAAGAUUCUGUAUGGCAAUAAGAAAAAGCCGUGA